CUCUCUCUCACCAACCCUUUUAUAUGGCAAAACUAUGUAAAAGUAAUUUGGAGCUCUACAUCUUCUUCUACCACCAUUCCUUUUAACCUAUUUCACAAUUGAGUGAAAAAUGGACUAGAAAUUUAACAUAAAAUAUGUUUAGGAAAUAAAUACAUCUCUCCAAUAUCCAGUAAAAGCUAUUUAUUAUUUUAUGGAUUUACUUAUUGCUAGGUAUUUUAAUUGAAGUAAUCAGUCAUAUUUUAUUUACAAGAGAAAUUGAAAAUAUACUUUUCUAGCCUCCAAGAUCCAAAUAUGUUUAAUUUUAGUGAUAGCUUCACACCAUAAAGCUCAAAUUUUGAACAUGAUAUUGAUUUAGGAAUUAGGAUUUACAAACAGUAAUUUUCCGUUGGAUUUCUUUACAAAACACAGCGUCGGAAAGUGAAGAACAGUCAUCGCAGGCGAUGAUACGAGCGGUGAUUAUAAUGAACGACGAAGGCAAGCCUCGCCUCGUCAAAUUCUACGACUAUCAGCCUAUGGAGAAACAAGAAGAAAUCAUUCGUAGCAUCUAUGGAGUUCUAUGCAGUAGAGCAGAGAAUGUGAGCAAUUUUGUUCAAGCAGAUUCUACUUUUGGAAAGGAUAUGCGACUUGUAUACAAGACUUUUGCUACAUUGUACUUCAUUGUCAUAUUUGAUGAUUCUGAAAAUGAGCUUGCAAUUCUUGAUCUUAUGCAAGUAUUUGUGGAGACAUUAGACAAAUGUUUCAGUAAUGUCUGUGAACUCGAUAUAGUCUUCAAUUUCAACAAGGUACAUACUAUUCUUGAUGAAAUUAUUUUGGGAGGUCAAGUUGUUGAAAUGAACUCAUCUGAAAUUGUCAAAGCAGUCAAUGACAUAUCUGGAUUGGAGAAGAGCCAGAAUUCAAUCCUUCGAGUUUCAAAGUCGAUAUCUGGUUGGCAAGGGCGAUAAUGGAAAUAUUUAUGUUUUUUAUUUGCGUGUGGAAAAUAAUAAAUAUGUUUUAUUUUUCUUCUGUAAUCUUAUAAAGACUAGUUCAAUGUUAAAGAUGAAAAUGGUAUUUAUGUCUUUAGCACACAAAUCAAGAACAAGAUCCCAAAUCCCAUCUCAAAAUUCAAUUUUUUGCUAUUUAAAAUCAGUUGUAGUCUCAUAUAUGUCGAAAACCUGUUAUGUCAUGUAGUCGUCUUCAGUCUAAUGCAUGUCAUGUUAUAUGUCAAACUUCGAUGCAUAUCAGAUACACAGUACAACCAAUCUCAUUUCGAUG